AUGCUCACCAGCCUACGAGUCUGGCUAAUAUCCAAAGCUAAGCAUGCAGAGAUGGUGAUGAACGCCUUACAGACUCAGAGAGCUUUCAUCAAGAUGGCUGCCACACACCAGGAACCAGCGCAGACAGAGCUCCAGGACCUCUUGAAGCCAAUUUCAGAUCACAUCCAGGAGAUUCAGAGCUUCAGAGAAAGAAACCGUGGCAGCAGCCUCUUCAACCACCUUUCAGCCGUCAGCGAGAGCAUCCCCGCACUGGGCUGGGUGGCCGUGAGUCAGAAGCCUGGUCCAUAUGUAAAGGAGAUGAACGAUGCUGCCACCUUCUACACCAACAGAGUGCUUAAGGACUACAAGGAAACAGACCGACGUCAUGUGGACUGGGUGCGCUCCUACCUGUUGAUCUGGACUGAGAUGCAGGCGUUCAUCAAACAGCACCACACGACAGGUCUGGUGUGGAGCAAGAGUGGCCCCAUCGCUCCUGCUUCUCUCUUUGAUUCCCCCCCAGCCCCAAGUGCACCCUGUCCACCUCCACCACCUCCUCCACCCCCCGGCCCUCCUCCAGUGUUCACCGAUGACGACGCCAAGCCUCAGGCGGACGCCGCCGUAGCUCAGCACUCCGCGCUAUUUGCCCAACUCAACCAGGGCAUGGACAUCACUAAAGGUCUGAAGCAUGUGUCAGAUGACCAGAAGUCCCACAAGAAUCCCAAUCUGCGUUCUCAACAACCAUCAACAGCCAAAGGCAAGAACACGGGGCCUGUGGCUUCACCCACUACACCUGCCCAGAAAAGACCCCCUCUGCUGGAGCUGGAGGGGAAGAAAUGGAGGGUGGAAAACUUUGAGCAGAAGCACGACCUGGUGAUCGAGGAGACGGAGCUUAAACAGGUGGCAUACGUCUUCAGUUGUAAUAACUCCACCCUGCAGAUUAAGGGCAAAAUAAACUCCAUCAUCAUUGACAACUGUAAGAAGCUGGGUGUGGUUUUUGAGAACGUUGUUGGGAUCGUGGAGAUCAUUAACUGCAAAUCGAUUCAGUUACAGGUUUUGGGAACAGUUCCCACCAUUUCCAUCAACAAGACCGAGGGCUGCCAGGUCUACCUGAGUAAGGACUCCGUCAGCUGUGACAUUGUCAGUGCCAAGAGCUCUGAGAUGAACAUCAUGAUACCUGAAGGAGAGGACGAUUACAGGGAGUUCCCAGUGCCGGAGCAGUUCAAGACUGUGUGGAAUGGAUCCAAACUGGUGACAGAACCC